AUGGCUGAUCAAAAUAGGAACCUGAAGCUAACUGUUCCAAAGAGGAACUUUAAAAGAUUUAAUUCUGUAAUUAGAAAACCAGAACAUCAUAAAAGACAUUAUAUUAACGGGAAACAUAUGGGUAACAAAGUACAUUUUGAUCAUCCAGUUUUAAAUAGAAUAAAGUCUUCUAAUAAGUUUGGUGGCCGAAGAGCUAGUGGAAGGCAUACUAAUAGAAAUAAACAGGAUAUAGACCUAGAAUAUACCUCAAAAGACAAUAUUACUUACGAUUGGAUACAAUCAAUUAUAGCAGAUGGUAAAGAGAUUUUGAAGGUUGUGAAAGAGGAAGUAAAUAUUAAACAAGGUGAUUUAAAUACUAGUUCCACGAAGGAGAAGAGUGCUGAAACCAUCUUGAAAACUUACGUUGAUGACCUAUUAGAGAAUAUGGAAGAAAUUUCUGAAGAUGAAAACUUGCAAUCCGAAACUGAAGAUAUUGAAAUAAUAGAAGAGGUUUCUGCAGGUGAAGAAGAACUAGAUGAAAAUAAUGAUGAUUCCCACGACAUUAAUAUCGACAACUAUAACAUUGUGAAUGAUGACGAAAAUAGUUCUCAGGAAGUUGAGUAUAGGACGGAUACAUCAUUUAAUAAUUAUAAUGAAACAUUUAGAGACAGUAUAAAUGAUUCAGAGGCCAAUCAGGGUGAUUCAGAUUCAUCUAAUCCUGACGAGGCUGACAUCGAUAUUGCAGAAAUUGAAGAUGUUAAGGAAGAAGAAAAUAUUGAUGAUAUAGUAAUUGAUGGUCACAUAAAUGCUACUUUAAAGAGCGAAAGAAAUGAGAGUGGUAAAGAAUCGCAACCUGAUAUUGAAGGUGAGGAAAAGGAUGAUGAUAAUAACAGAUACGGAGACCAAUAUUCGAGCUAUAUUCAACCUCUUUUUAACCUCGAGGCUGAUACGUCCCCUGACGAAGAAUAUUCAUCAAAUGAAAACCCACAUUCAGAUAAUAAUGACGAAAAUAAUGACAUGGGAAAUGAUAUUAAAGGCAUGGAUAACAACGUUGACCAAGAGCACUUAUAUUCAGAGGAGAAUUAUGAUUUGAAACCCGAAAUUUAUAAUAAUCAUCAAAAUGACGAUGAUUUGUUGCAAAAUGUUAUUAAUCAGGAUACUUGGGCUGAAAAUAUUGAUAUUUCUUUACAAGAUCAGAGCACUAGCGAACAUAACGAAACUAGCUCAGAUAAGGACGUUAGUGAUGAAGAGAGUGAACUUGCUAUCAUUAGUGAAGGUGAAUAUACUUUUAAGAAUGGAGAUGUAUCAUUUGAUAACAAUUUUAAAAUAGAUCACGUCCACGGUUUAACAGAAGAAUUAGAUGUUAAUAAAACUAAAGAUAUAAUAUUAAAUGGAAAUGAUGAUGACAAUAUUGAUAAUGAUAUGGAUAUAAAUUCUACAAACAUCGAAUCUGAUUUUAAUUUACCUGAUAACAUUUUUAACAUCCAAAAUAUCGCAAGUACUGUUCUAAAAAUGCAAGAAGAAAAUAUAAAUAAUGUUGAGGAUCCAAUAGCCGGUAGUAUUGACGAUGAAGAGGAAAACAAAAAGGAAUCUGAUUCCAGGUUUAAUGACCCUGAGAAUACAGUUUACGAAGCUGCCUCACAGAGUGAACAAGAGGAUGCAAUUGUUUUGAACGAGAAAGAUAAAGUUGUUGAACAAACUCUUUUGGUUGAAACUGUAUCUGACAUUAACGAAAACCAAACAUUUGAUGACAUAAAUUCCACUAUGCUGAACGAGACCGCUUACUUCUCUGUUGACGAGGACAACAGCAAAUUAAUAGUGGAUGCAUAUGGUGAGAAGACUAAUGAUGAGAUUAAAUCAAAAAAAUAUCAAAUCGUAUUAACUGGUUCUGUUUACAGUAGCACAUCUUAUGAAGAUAAUAGAGAAGUGUUACAAUCCCAAAAUGAAUAUCUACCUGCAUUUUCAGAAAAUCCAUUCUCCGAAGAUGAUGACGGAAAUUUACAAUCAGAUAUUUUAAGUGAAACAUUGAAAGCAUUAGACAAAAUUAAAUUGGAUAAAAAGAAAUUCGAUGAAUCCUCAUUACAUCAAGAAGAGUCGGUGGCUUUGGCGGGUGAUAAUAUUACUGAGUCAGCAUUGGACAAUGAAGUUUCUGCAGAGCGACAAGUCAUUGUCACAAAUAUAGAUGAUCCAGGUUCAAUAAGGGAAAUUACAAAAGAUAAUAAUGAUGUGAAAGAAGAAAUUCAUAUUGACUUAGAAGGUCCUGUUACCACUGAUUUAAAGGAAGAUCUUGCCAUGAGUAUAAAUGAAAAUAACCAUGUGGAGGCCAAUGUCGAUUCCUAUAUUUCUGUAGAAAAAAAUGAUGCACUUGAUAUUAAGGAAGACAUGGAACUAGAUGAUAAAGAAGAAAUUAUAAAUAAACCUUUGAUAUUGUAUAAAAAUUCAAAUAACAUGAAAGAAAAUAAUAUGGAGAAAGAGCUAGCAGCCAAUUCUAGUUUAGUUAUGGAUUAUGAAUAUGAUAUCAGAACUAGUUUUAUGGACAGUAACAUAGGACAACAAACCGAACAAACCAUGUCUGAUACAGCACACGAUAUUAAGACAGAGAGUGUAAAUCAUUUUCCUCAGAUGGAUAUAGAUAUUAAUGAGAUGCAUACCCUUGAAGAAAAUAUAUUUGAUACAGCAAAUAAUAUAGAACUUAAUGUGUCAGGUGAUGUUUUAAUAGCAAAUGCAGGUCAUAAUGAAAAACCUGAGGUUAAUAAUUAUAAUUCUAAUGAUCUUGAAUUAAAUCAACAGUUGGUUGAAACCACUGAGUAUGGCUUCACUGAAACAAAGGUUACUGAAGAUGCGAGACAAGGUUCCCAUGAUAAUAACAUCACGCACGAGGAGCUGGUCAAUUCAAUUAAUGAAAAUGCGGAUUCUGAAAUUCCAACUGUUUUAGAUAAUAGAGAAUUGCCAAUUUAUUCGGAUGAAGUUGAGAAACGUUCAGCCAGUCAGCCUUCGUCGUCAGAUUAUGUUGUCAAUACAGACAAUACUGAUAGACUAGAAUCUUUAGAUAAUUCGACCAAUUCUUCAUUUCCGAAGAAAGUUUUGAAAGCACCUAUCAAUGCCUUUCAAUAUUUGCUUACAAAUCUGAAAUCCAUGACUUCUGCCGUACCAGCAUUCGUUAAAACUAUCGAUAUGAUAGAUGCCAUUGAUAGUGAAACUAUACUUGACGAUAACGAAGAAUUAUCUGAGAAUGAGGCACAAUUGUGUGAGACUUCAGAAAAAGUAGUUAUUGAUGAAAAAGAUAUAGUCAACGAAUUAAGAGAAUGUGGAGGAACUAAGACCACAGAUAGUCUGAACAACAUCAAAAAUACAGAUUUUAAGAGCAAUGUUGAUUCAGUAUCAAAUUUAAGCUAUGAAAUUCCUAAACACCAUGAUGAAGUUGAGACAAUUGAUCGUGAUAACUCACAGACCGAUUUUAAGGAUUUAGAAGAAGACCUAGGCUAUAAAGAAAGUAACUUUGUUAAGCCUUUGAUUAAUCAAACGAUUGUUGAAGAUCCAUCAUUAAAGAAAAUUCAUUCAGAAGAUCAAAAAAAGGAAUCAUUAGUAUUUGAGGAUAGGCAAAAUAUCAUAGCAUACAUGUCAAAAUUGAAACAACUUACUCAAACGAUAGAGCACAAAAUAUCAUCCAAUUCAGAUAUGGAAUCUGAAUUAUCUAUGAAAGACAAUGGUGACGGAAUUAAUGCGUCUUCUAUAUCUUAUUUUGAAGCAAAGAAUCCUGAUACAUCGGAGUUUGAAAUUAGUAACUCUACUAAUUUAAAUAUUAAAGACGAUUCAGGAAUUGAAAUAAGAAACAGAAAACAGUUGAGUAAAAUAAGUGAAGAAUUACCAAGUGAACUUUCACGAAUUCAAAAUCACAAAAUAGAAGUUGAAAUUGAUGACUCGACUAUUCCAGUUAACGAUGAUGAUUUGAAUGAUAACCAUGGCGAACUUGAUAUCGAUUAUGAUAUCAAGUCGACAGAAACUGAUGCUAGAGAUGAUUCGGAGGAUGUAGUAAAUGGUGAAGCGAACAUUAAUACUAAUUCUAGUGAAGAAACCCUACUUUCUGAAUCCGCUAUAAAUAAUAAUAGUAAGAAAGUAAAAAAUGAGUCCACUGGAGGUGUUGUUGUGGAAGAACCAGUUAAAACUCAUAAUGAUAAUUAUGACACUUUAAUUGUCCCUGAAAACUUUGAAGAACCACAGAAGCAAGAAGAAGAAAUCAAUACUGAAAAAAACUCCUCUGAGGAAAUUAAAAACAUAACUGAAAAGGAAGAGAGUAAGAAAAUCCAACCUGCAUUGCCUUCUCGAUCUUCAAAGAGAUCUAAAAGGGAGCUACGGUCAAGAAAGAGGAAUGUCGACAGCCCAGAUACUGCUGCUCCUCCUUCCAAAAAGACUAGAAGAAGAAAAUCAACUAAACAGAAACAAAUCUCACAAGCAGCUCCAACAUCCAAUAAAGGCAAAAGAAGCAGAAGAAGGAAAUAG